AUGGACGACUCCUUGCAAUUCAUUAUCGAAUCCCCUCAAAAUGCCCAGGGUCACAAGAAACGCCCGCGUCUUGUAACCUCUUGCGACAAUUGUCGUUUGAAGAAGAUCAAAUGUCUCCAGCCUUCCCCAGAGACAAAGUGUGAGGCGUGCAAGACUGCCAAAAUCCCGUGUCGGUUUCGCGACCGUGAACGCUACUUUGCAGAACGAAGUCGUGCUAUUGCUGGGCCAUCCGGGGGGCAAGGCUAUGAUGAACGGUCGUCCGAUUCUUCCCUAGACGCCUUUUCUCUUUCUCCUUCACACUCUUCUUCGCUGAGGGCAAGCGGUGUGGUCCGACCCGAUGGCGAGUCAAGGGGACGUUACCCGUCAUUCUCCUCUGAUCCGCGUCCGUCUCAUCACUCCCCCUCGUCAUCAAUAUCAUCUUACUCCCAUUCCCGAAGUAACUCCCUGGGUUACAAUUACAUGUCAUCGGACGGGUCGCCCAUCUAUAACAGCUCGCGUUCACAAUCACCCCAGCAAAAUUCCGGCGCAGUUGUUCUUUUCGAUUCCGACCAACAGCAUCCACACCCUACCUUGAUGCCUAACUUUAUUGGUGUGCUGUUUGAGCGCAUGGGCAGCGAGUUCAAGUUCUUUACAUAUGGUGAAGUUGCGGCAAACUAUGGUGCAAGGCGGCUCUCCGCCUUACUGUCCAACUCUAUUGCUGCCUUGGCGUCUCAAUACACCACUGUUCCCGAACUUACCGUCCGAGGGCUUCAUAAUGUCGCCAAUGCAUACUCUGAACACGCCAAACAACUUUUGCACCUCAUGGGGCACCCUUCUCUUGACACGCUCCACGCGCUGAUUCUCUUGUCGUGGUAUGAAAUGAAUAACAGCAGGACGUCGGCGUUUCGAUCUUAUUAUCAGAUGGCAAUGAACAUGGCUGUCGAUCUGGGUCUCAGCAAUCUACCGGUAUCGAUGUCUGUGGAAGACCAAAAGAAGAAGGAUACAUGGAAUGCUGUAUUGCGUCUGCAUCACCUCCAAUAUCCUGACAGACAAUCGACAUGA